GGCGGCCCCUCCACAGGGCCCCUCUCCUGCCUGGACGACUCUGCUGGUCUCCCCAUCCCCUGGAGAAGAACAAGGCCAUGGGUUGGCCCCUGCUGCUGCCCCUGCUGCUCCUGCUGCUGCUGCCAGUAUUUCUGCAGCCUGGUGGCUCUGCAGGAUCCAGUCCAAGCCUUCCCUAUGGGGUCACUCAACCAAAACGCCUCUCAGCCCCCAUGGGUGGCUCCGUGGAAAUCCCCUUCUCCUUCUGUUACCCCUGGGAGUUAGCCACAGCUCCUAACAUGAAAAUAUCCUGGAGACGGGGCCACUUCCACGGGCAGUUCUUCUACAGCACAAGGCCGCCUUCCAUUCACAAGGAUUACGUGAACCGGCUCUUUCUGAACUGGACAGAGGGUCAGAAGAGCGGCUUCCUCAGGAUCUUGAACCUGCGGAAGGAGGACCAGUCUGUGUAUUUCUGCCGAGUCGAGCUGGACACACCGAGAUCAGGGAGGCAGCAGUGGCAGUCCAUCGAGGGGACCAAACUCUCCAUCACCCAGGCUGUCACAACCACCACCACCUGGAGGGCCAGCAGCCCGACCACCACCUGGAGGCCCAGCAGCACAACCACCACAGCCGGCCUCAGGGUCACAGAAGAAGGCAAAGGACACUCAGAAUCAUGGUACCUAAGUGUGGACACUGCCAUCAGGGUGGCAUUGGCUGUCGCUGUGCUCAAAACUGUCAUUUUGGGAGUGCUGUGCCUCCUCAGGUGGAGGAGAAGGAAAGGUCAGCAGCGGACUAAAGCCACAACCCCAGCCAGGUGAGUGCUGGGCCUCCCCAAGGGGGUGGGGAGUGCAGGUGUGGGCAGGGGAUGGGUUUGGAAAUCAGGGAGUAUACUGCUAAGAACCCCAUAAGCCCAGCCUGCCACAAAUUCUCCUGAGUUUUUGCCACCACCCACUUAAAUCUGAUCUCUGAAGCAACUGCCUCGCCUGCCUCACUGUAAUAAUCCUGGCGCUGCAUCUAAAAACACUUCCCCUCCUGCAGAUAGCAGGGCGCCAAGCAGUGACUUCUGAUCAACAGAGUGUGGGGAGAAGGGAUGUGUAUUAGCCCCGGAGGACGUGAUGUGAGACCCGCUUAUGAGUCCUCCACACUGGUUCCCCAUUGGCAAGAUACAUGGAGAGCACCCUGAGGACCUUUAAAAAGGCAAAGCCGCAAGGCAGAAGGAGCCUGGGUCCCUGAAUCACCGACUGGAGGAGAGUUACCUACAAGAGCCUUCAUCCAGGAGCAUCCACACCGCAAUGAUACAGGAAUGAGGUCUGAACUCCACUGAAUUAAACCACUGACAUUGGGGGGGUUUAUUAUAGCAAUGCUAAGAGUUCCUUUAUCCUCCCCAAGGAUGGAAAAAUACAACUUAUUUUGCUUACCGUACACCCCUUUUCUCCUCGUCCACAUUUUCCAAUCUGCAUGGUGGCUGUCUUCUCCUAUGGCAGAAAGUUUUGGGGAAUAAAUAGCAUGAAAUGCUGCUGA